AACACCACACAGUUCACGGCCGCCUUCACUCAGACGCGUUCGCCGUCGCGCGCCGCCGAAGAUGCUAGCUGCGCGCGUGGAUUGCCCCCCCAUCCAGCCUCGUUGCCCACUUCCAUCACCCUGCGGAGUCGCCGUCUAGCGCGCCCGCCGCCAUGAACCUCUCCCUCGUCGACCCCUUCGUCCUCGCCCAGGACUGCCCCGAGGCGCUUACUGGCAGACUGCGCAGCGGCCACUCGACUUCGAUUCGGUUCAGUCAUCGCGGCGACCUGCUCGCUUCCGGCCGGCUCGACGGCAUCGUCGUCAUAUUCGACAUCGAGACCAAUGGCGUUGCGCGCAAACUACGAGGCCACACCCGGCAGGUCCAGUCACUGAGCUGGUCUGCCGACGAUCGAUACAUCUUGAGCGCAUCGCAGGACUGGAAAUGCGUGCUCUGGGAUUUGAAGGAUGGGUCGAGAGUGCGGACUGUCCGCCUCGAAUCGCCCAUCUUUAUUGCGGAGCUACAUCCUAAGAACCACCUACUAUUUGUAGCUGCCUUGUUCGAAGAGCAGCCUCUCCUAGUCGACAUCUCCUCCGAGAUCCCUCAGAAACUCGCCCUCCCCUCCGCGCCUCUCCGACCUCAAAUCGAGCGCGACAAUGCGACCGAGAAGCAAGCGGCGCAGGACGCAAAACAGACCUCUACCGUCACGGUCUUUACGCCCUCUGGAGACUACAUAAUAUCAGGGACCAACAAGGGCUGGAUGAACAUAAUAGACACCUCAACGCGCCAAGUCCAGUAUUCAACCCGUGUAACGAGCCAUCUCAUCAUCUACAUACGAACAACCUCCUCAGGCAGCCACAUUGUCGUCAACUCCUCCGACCGCAUAAUCCGAACCUUCAACCUCCCUGAUCUCGCAGACCCUUCCCACUCUUUUGACACCAUGCGCCUGGAAGUCGAGCAUAAAUUCCAAGACGUCGUCAACAGGCUCUCCUGGAACCACGUCUCCUUCUCCUCAACAGGGGAAUAUGUCACCGCGUCUACCUGGAUGAAUCACGACAUCUACGUCUGGGAGCGCGGCCACGGCAGUCUGGUCAAGAUCCUCGAAGGGCCGAAGGAAGAGCUUUCCGUGGUGGAAUGGCACCCACACCGCCCCUUUGUUGCCGCGGUCGGCGUAGACUCCGGCCGCGUCUACCUCUGGUCCAUACUCACGCCCCAGCGCUGGUCAGCUCUGGCCCCAGAUUUCGUCGAAGUCGAAGAGAACGUUGAAUACGCUGAGCGCGAAGACGAAUUCGACAUUCAGCCGAUCGAGGAGCUUCACAAGCGCCGCCUGGAUCUCGAAGACGAAGACGUGGACGUGCUGACGGUUGAGCCCGGCAAGACUGCUGAGUUCCAGCCCGGCGAGUUCAGAAUGCCUGUGCUUCUGGAUAUCGAGGGCAGCGACUCCGAGGACGAAGUCGUGGCUGUUGGAGCGGGGCAGUUCCGACGGAAGAGCCCUGGUGCAGGGCGGGAUUGGAUGAACGACGAGACGCAGGCUAGUGGGGAUGAGGCGAGAAAAGCGGCUACCGCGAAUGGAUCCGCGAGCGCUAGGUCGAAUGGGACGAAGAGAAGGAGGGCGGAGUAGUAAUGUGCAUUGUCAGUGCUUAGAGGGCUCCAGCGACUGUUCAAAUAGCUCAACGGAAAGAGCUUUCAUCACCCUUGAAUAUCUCAAAAUGCAUUGAAGCACCCUAAGCAGUAGCAUACGUGUAUGCACCCACGCCCAUCGAUCAAUUCACAGCCACCCAAAAGCCCUAGCCGCAGAUUACGAGCUAACGGUACAGUAAGUUUAUAUUGAGACGGUCCGGUAACAAAGUGGUAUA